AUUGGAAAAAUAUUUUAAAUCGUUUUUCUUUAAAUUUGAUAUCAAAAAUUUAUUGAGUCAUCAGCCUUAGUCGGUGUAUAAUCGUUUCGUCUAUAGUUUUCCAAAAAAAAACAAACGUGCAUUUAAAUUACAAAAGAUUUUGUACAAAAAACAAAAAUGUACAAACAAAUUUUAUUAACAAUAACUAUUUGCCUAUUGGCUGUAAAAAAUGGAUCAACAAUGCCAAUGACUGAAGAAAUAUUGGAAAAUAUUAAUAAAUCUGUUGUUGAAGAAAAUUUAACCACGACAGAAACAUCAAUUUUUGAAACAACAACAAUAACCACUGAAUAUCCAGAAAUGGAAACUACAACUGAAAUUACCACCGAGUUGAAUAAUUCAACUGAAAUUGUUAAUAAAGAAAUUGAGAAACGUUCAGUUAUUAUUAUGGUUUUCAAUAUUGAUGAUAAUACGACAAUUUCACCUGAGAUGGAAAAUUCAACUGAAUCAAAUGAAAUUGUCGCUGAAAAAACAACUAAAGAGUCCGAUGACUAUGAAUAUAAUUAUUGGAAAAAAUAAUUAAUGAGGCUUAAAUUAAAGAAAUGAUGCAACAUUUUUCUCUACUACUUAGGCAAAGAAAAAACAUUUAUUCAUUGUAUAUAGAAUAAUCGAUAACCAAAAGGAUGUAUAAUAAUUUUAAUGAUUUUUUUUUUACAAGUGAUUUGAUAAUUUUAAAACAAAUAUUGGAAAACGACAAGACUUUUAAUAUUAAAAUUGACGUUAUUUUUUAAACAAUAUCAGAAAAUUUGAAUGUCAAAAAAAAAACAAUUAUAUCAGUGAAAUUUGUUUUUUUAAUACAAUGUCUGUAAACAAUUUUAAAAGAGAAAAUUUGAAAAUAAAAAAUACGAUGUGAAAAAAA